AUGAUGGCAGAAACUACCACUCUGACAGCUCUGGGGCUUUUGCCAGGAUUUGAUACGGCGAACAUCCAUCAGAUAACAUUACGGUGCUUGUUCCGCUGGUGGUACUGCUCGGUAGCCGUGGAUAGAGCAUUUAAACAGUCAGAUCAGCCUUGCUCCCCCUACAUCCACUUGGGGAUCUUUUUACCUGCCCCGAUUAAUAGUAUGGAGGUGUACAUCUGCUUGGCCUCUGGCAGUAGCUGCAGUUACCAACAGUCGAGAGUUCUCAUGGCCAAGUCUCAUGAGACGACGAGUAGGAAACCUCCUGGCCUCCGGUUAUUCAAAGGUGCCAAGGCUCUAAGAAAUUACCAGACGUUCGUCUUGGUCCUUACAUUCUUGGCAUACACUUGCUUCCAUAUGACUCGGAAGAUAACAAGCAUUGUCAAGAGUGAGCUUGAUCCCCAGACCAAAGUGGGGUCUGCCUGGGGACGAUUGCACACACGCAACAGUCUCAACAUUGGUUGGUCUCCAUUUAACACCGCUGAUGGUUCCACUUUGCUUGGUGAGAUAGAUGUCGCAUUCCUUGCGGUGUAUUCUCUUGGGAUGUUCUUCGCCGGGCAUCUUGGUGACCGCAUGGACUUGAGGAUUGUUCUAACAAUUGGCAUGAUUAGCACUGCCAUAUUCACUGCGCUCUUUGGUGCUGGAUAUUGGCUAAAUAUUCACAACUUCUACUACUUUCUGGUCUUUCAGAUGAUUGCUGGCUUAUUUCAAUCAUCUGGAUGGCCUUCAGUCGUUGCAGUUGUUGGUAACUGGUUUGGGAAGAGCAAGAGGGGAUUGAUUAUGGGUAUAUGGAACGCACAUACUUCUAUUGGAAACAUAUCCGGUUCGCUGCUUGCUGCAUCUCUGCUGAAAUUUGGAUGGGGGUGGUCAUUUGCCAUCCCCAGCAUCAUCAUGGCUCUUGCUGGGUUGGUGGUGUUCUUUUUCUUGCCGGUUAGUCCUGAUGUAAUGGAGAUAGAUAUUGAUGAUGGGGAGGUAAACUCAGACAAGGAUACUGCGAAGGAGCCCCUUUUGGAACCAGGCCAAGAAGUGAAACAUAAGGCAAUAGGAUUCCUGGAGGCAUGGAGGAUUCCUGGAGUUGCACCGUUUGCUCUCUGCCUCUUCUUCUCCAAGCUGGUUGCAUACACCUUCCUGUACUGGCUACCUUUUUACAUCAGCCAUACACCUAUUGGCAACGAGUACCUCUCUGAUGCGAUGGCUGGCAGCUUGUCAACAGUCUUCGAUGUUGGAGGUGUGUUGGGAGGAGUCCUUGCCGGUCAUAUCUCUGAUCGCUUAAAUGCACGAGCUAUCACGGCCGCGAGCUUCAUGUACUGUGCCAUACCUGCCCUUUUCUUGUACAGAACAUAUGGAAGCAUGUCGAUGAUGUCGAACAUUUGCCUCAUGUUCAUCACUGGCAUGUUUGUCAAUGGUCCUUAUGCCCUGAUCACAACUGCAGUGUCAGCUGACCUUGGCACUCACAGCUCAUUGAAUGGUAAUUCUCGGGCACUGGCCACUGUGACAGCAAUCAUCGAUGGGACCGGGUCGGUUGGUGCCGCAAUCGGGCCAUUGCUCACAGGAUACAUCUCAACAGAGAGCUGGAGUGCCGUGUUCACGAUGUUGAUGGCAGCAGCACUUCUUGCUGGGCUCCUCUUGACACAUCUUGUCUGUGCUGAGCUAAGAGGAAAGCUGUCUUCCAAUGUGAGCAAGGUUGUCGCCAAUGCACAAACUACCUGCUCAGAUCAAGUAUAA